CUCCCUCACGUUCAUGAUGAUUCAUCAUCUCUUCAUCUGAUGGACGGAUGAUUGAUGAUUGGAGUUGCUAUAAUUCCCAUUCAUUCGCUCAUUCACCCUUUCUUUCUCCACUCAACUCUCUCUCUCCCCCCUUCCCUCUCCUUCCUCUAUCCUUUCUACUUAGUCCUACAAUCCUAGUCUUCUUUGACACUACUGACUCUGACUUGAUUGCCCAAAAAAAAAAAGGGAAAACCAAAAGAAUAUCAUAUACAUUUUAACACCACUUCCCUCCCCCAGCAACAGCCACCACCACAGCUCAUCCGCACCCUCCCCCUUCCAACAAAAAAAAAAUUUGUUUUUUCUUGUAUUGGGCUGGGGAAGUUGUGUUGUUUGCCCAGAUCUGGACAAUUAUUCAUCAUAAAUCUUAAGAGGGUUUUUUUGGUCUCUGUGAUACUACUGUAUUUUUACUUUUUUUUUUCGGUUCCUCUUUUUUAAUUUUUGUUGAUAUUAGAUGAGAUGAUGAUGAUUGUGAUAACCUGAUAGCUGGUCAGUAAUCACUACUAAAUAUCCCUCCCCUCCCCAUUUUUUUUCCCCUCCUAAUCCUUUAAUCCACAACCAAAAUAACAAACCAGUGAAUUCCUGGGCUUGCUUGCUGCAUUCCCUUUCAGUACUUGGGGCUGUAUUUUUGUUUUAUUUUCUUUUCGUUGCAUUUCUCAACCAUCCGUAUAAACGGAGUUGCAUCACUAAUAAGUCUCUCUCUUUUUUCUUGUUCUUAUUUUUCCGCCCCCCAAAACAAAUCUCCGCUCGUCGUUUCUUUCUUUCUUUUUCCUUUUGUUUUUUGUUUUUUUUUUCAGAUCAGAUCGGAUCUGAUCUGAGAGGUGAAAGGGUACAAGGAGUACAAUCAUUCCUUUCUCUAGCUUCAGUUUUGGCCUCAUAAAUUGUUGUUCAGAUCUACUGUAGCUAGGUUGGUUUACUCAUCCAGAUCUGGUCAGGAAAAGUUUUUUUUUUUUUUUUUGGGAAAAAAAAGAAGUAGUAGUAGUAGUGGUGGCUGUUCAUACUACUAGUAGUAAGCAAGCAAGUAAAUCCAAUACUAGUUUGGGAUGAUGGAUGUUGAAAAUAUUUAAUCCGUUGGAGAAAGAGAGCUUCUUGGUCUGCAUCAAGUCCCUCUUGUGCUUGGAUCGGGUCGGGUUUACUAGGAAAAGCCCGAGUGGUGGACACUAGGUAGCCUCUGGAUCCAUAAGGAUGUGCGUUUUUCAGAGCACGAUUAAUUACUUUCCGGAGGAAGUUUUGGAGCACGUGUUCGAUUUCUUGUCGUCGCACCGGGACCGGAAUGCGGUGUCGCUGGUGUGCAAAUCCUGGUGCCGAGUGGAGAGGUUCAGCAGGGAGAAAGUUUUCGUCGGGAACUGCUAUGCGGUGAGCCCGGAGAGGCUACUCUCUACGUUCCCUCGGGUUAGGUCCUUGACCCUCAAAGGCAAACCCCAUUUCGCCGACUUCAAUUUAGUCCCCCCUGAUUGGGGCGGCUACCUCCACCCCUGGAUUGAUGCCAUGGUCAAGGCCCGUGCCAAUCUCGAGGAGCUCAGGUUGAAAAGGAUGGUCCUUUCCGACGACACACUCGACCUUCUCGCCCAUUCUUUUCCCUCUUUCAAGUCUUUGGUCUUAGUUAGCUGUGAAGGCUUCACCACCGACGGCCUUGCUGCCAUCGCUGCCAAUUGCAGGUCUCUGAGGGAGUUGGACUUGCAAGAGAACGAGGUGGAGGAUCGAAGAGGGCAGUGGCUUAGCUGCUUUCCAGACAGCUGUACGUCCCUUGUCUCUUUAAAUUUUGCAUGCCUCAAGGGAGAAGUCAAUUUGGCAGCUCUAGAGAGGCUUGUUGCAAGAUGCCCAAACCUGAGAAGUCUCAGGUUGAACCAUGCUGUGCCGCUUGAUGCCCUGCAAAGGAUCUUGGCGCAAGCACCUCAUUUGGUUGACUUAGGAACAGGAUCUUUUGUCCAUGAUCCUGAUUCUGAGACCUAUCAUAAAUUGAAGAAUGCUAUCCAGAAUUGUACGUCAAUUAGGAGCUUGUCAGGGUUUCUAGAAGUUGCUUCUCGCUGCUUGCCUUCAAUAUACCCCUUAUGCUCGAGUUUGACUUCACUGAAUUUGAGCUAUGCACCAGGAAUCUACAGUAAUGAACUCGUGAACCUAAUUCGUCACUGCAAGAAACUGGAACGCCUAUGGAUUCUGGACACCAUUGGGGAUAAAGGGCUUGGUGUUGUGGCUUCCACAUGUAAAGAAUUGCAAGAAUUGAGGGUUUUUCCAUUUGAUCCCCAUGGAGUUGGGUAUACAGCUGUGACUGAAGAGGGCUUGGUGGCUGUAUCUGCCGGCUGCCCCAAGCUGAAUUCAAUUCUCUAUUUUUGCCAGCAGAUGACCAAUGCUGCACUGAUAACUGUAGCAAAAAAUUGCCCCAAUUUCAUUAGAUUCAGAUUGUGCACUCUUAACCCAACUGUACCAGAUGCAGUCACACAGCUGCCACUUGAUGAAGGCUUUGGGGCAAUUGUUCAAUCAUGCAAGGGUCUCAAGCGAUUGUCAGUCUCUGGCCUUCUAACUGACCAGGUUUUCCUUUAUAUAGGAAUGUAUGCUGAGCAGCUAGAAAUGCUCUCAAUAGCAUUUGCUGGGGAGAGUGACAAGGGAAUGCUCUAUGUGCUGAAUGGGUGCAAGAAGCUUAAAAAGCUUGAGAUCAGGGACAGCCCUUUUGGUGAUGUGGCACUUCUAGCGGACAUGGGAAAGUAUGAAACAAUGCGAUCCCUUUGGAUGUCGUCCUGUGAAGUGACCCUUGAAGCAUGCAAGAAGCUUGCAAUGAAGAUACCGAGGCUGAAUGUGGAGAUCAUUAAUGAAAAUGAGCAGAUGGAGGCUAGCACUGAUGACAAACAGAAGGUAGAGAAGAUGUACUUGUAUCGAACGUUAGUCGGGCCGCGGAAAGACGCUCCAGCCUUUGUGUGGACGUUGUAGGAGGUUGAAACUCUUCAGUUAUCAGCUUUUGUACCAUCACGCAGUUUAGGUGAAGUACCAGGAGGAUUGUGCUUCCAAUUUAAUCAUUGAAACAUUCGGUUACCAGAUUGGCCCUUUUAAAUCGUCCAGUCUUUUAUCUUCGGCUGUAGUUGUAGAUUCUUCAAGUGAUUGUACAAGUAUUUUUUUAGUUUCGUUACUUUUGUUUUUAAAUGAAGGGGCUUGUGUUUGUUCAUUCACUUACGAAA